AUGCUCCGUCAGUAGUUUGCCCACUGCCUUCGUGAUUGGAUGUGUCUAGUGCGUUGUUAGUGAAAAAAAAAUAUAUAUAUAUAUAUCUAUAAUAUUUCUCCAACAGCAGAUAAAUAGCAUUGCCGUGUUUCGUGUGUUGCAUUCUCGGGACGUUGUGGGGAAAGAAAAAGAAAGCGAAGGAAAAAGAUUUUUGUGUGCGUGCGUCUUUGAAUUUUGCGACAAGUAUUUAUUCAAUUUCCUAGCGCAUGUUCAGCUGCAAAGAGUGGGAUCGAUAGUGAAACUAUCAUGUCAAUUUCAAUUGAUUGAUGCGAAUGCGAUUGGCAUUGGGAUAUUAAUCACUGCGUUAAUCAAGAUCGAUCCGAUUGAACAAUUGCGGAAGCGUUCAGCGCCAACUAGGCCACACAAAUCAAAGGCGAGAAAAUGACGGACCACGACCCAACCGGCCGGUCGGAUGAGAAGAAACCAUCCACCUUGUUAACGUCAUCAGAUUGCUAUUGCGGAGUCGGAAAUUCGUUACCGUCAGGUCAGCUGGACAGCAAAAAUCACCUGGUUUGGCGACGGUACUGUGCGCUGGCGCUCGUCUUGUCCGCUCUGAGCGUUCUCUUGUGCGCGGUGACUUGGUCUCAAAACGCGUCAGCUCAUCGGCGUCUUUUGCUAGUCGAACAACGACUAAAGACCUCGCUGACGAUCGACGACCCGCAGCUCGACGCUAAAUUGCAGGCCUUGCUGGACAGCAAACUGAUGCUCUUACCCGCCAGCGCUGAUGCUGGUAGCGGUAGCAGUCAGGCUCGCAGCCGCAUCGCAAGACAAGUCGCUUCAACACCGGCAGAAUGCCUCUGCCCGCCAGGUCCAGCUGGCCCGCCGGGCAAGAGAGGCAAACGCGGUCAGAAGGGUGACGCAGGAGAACCCGGAGUUGCGGGCCCGCCCGGACCAAUCGGCAAAAACGGAUUUCCUGGACUGACUGGCGCACGAGGCUACCCGGGUUUUCCGGGCCCUAUUGGGUUAGAUGGGCCGAAAGGCGAACCGGGCCGUCCCGGCGAGAAGGGCAACAAAGGCGAAACGGGCAACAGCGGUUACGAUCUUCUCUCCACAUCCAAGCAGAACAUCAAGCGAUCUGCCAUCACGACGCAAACCGAACUGUUCGGCUAUGGCACCGUUUACAUGGUCAAGGGUCUAAAAGGCUUGGGUUUCAACAUUGAUCCGGAAUCGAUACUGAUGCUCAAGGGUGAACCAGGAGAUCCUGGACCCCCUGGACCGCCCGGUCCUCCAGGACCGACAGGCUUGCCCGGUAUCGAUGGUCGUUCAGGACCCCCAGGAGAAAUUGGACAGCCAGGAGAUGCCGGACAGCCAGGAUUCCCUGGAUCCCCAGGAGCUCCCGGACUCCCCGGAGCUCCAGGAAUGAUUGGCUCAUCUGGCCCUAAGGGAGAAAAAGGUGAACGUGGACCGAUCGUGAAUGUAGAUGGAAAGAAUUUCCCCGGCGGAAUCAUCGAAGGCCCACCAGGACCACCAGGAGCUCCAGGUGUGCCCGGUGAAAAGGGAGAAGCGGGAGCAAUUGGUCCACCUGGCCGUGACGGAGAAAAAGGUGCUCGCGGCAAACGAGGCAAACGCGGAGAGUCAGGCGAAGCUGCUGAACGCGGAGCUCCCGGACUGCCCGGACCCAAGGGCGAGGUCGGCGAACGCGGUUAUCGCGGUGAAAAGGGGGAGAAAGGAGACAUGGGUCUACCAGGUGUGCAAGGUGAAAGCGGAUUGCGUGGCCCACCAGGUGCCGACGGCAACGAUGGCGAGGUGGGAGCUCAGGGACCGCCAGGUUUACCGGGACUCAUGGGGCCUAAAGGCGAGAAAGGCGAGUACGGUGAUAUUGGUCCCCCAGGAUUGAUGGGACCCCCUGGUUUACCUGGACCACCUGGCUAUCCUGGCGUCAGGGGAGAAAAAGGCGACAAAGGAGAAUCGUCGAUUGGCAGACAAGGUCUUUUCAAACGAAAAUACAAAAAACUCAGGAGAAGACAGCAAGGUGACGGCGCAAUCGAUGGAGUCCUCACUGAAGUUGUCAUGGGAGCUCCAGGACCUCCAGGACCACCAGGACCUUCUGGACUACAAGGUCCACCUGGAAUUAAAGGAGACAGAGGCAAUGAUGGCACUAAAGGCGAAGCGGGCGAAAGAGGUGAAAAGGGCGACUCUGGGCCAAUUGGUCUUCCGGGACCAAUGGGAUUACGCGGAGAGCCAGGACGAGCAGGUGAUACAGGCAAAAUGGGCCCAAUGGGACCAAACGGUUUGGACGGAAUCAAAGGCGGUCGAGGAGAGCCGGGCAGAAAAGGAGAACGAGGCGAACCUGGCCUACCGGGGACGGACGGAAUACCUGGAAUCAAGGGUGAAAAGGGAGAAAAAGGAACUAAAGGUGACCUGGGAAUGAUGGGAAAGAAAGGCAAGAAGGGCGAAAGAGGACCGCGGGGUGAACAGGGUUCCCCAGGAUUGGAUGCGCCAUGCCCGUUAGGUUCGGACGGCUUCCCCGUUCCCGGAUGCGGAUGGAGACCAGGAAACAUACCAUCUUACGGAGUGAGCAGCACCAACCGCCCAGCUGGGCCGCCGACUACGACAACAACCACACCCGACUCCAUUGAUUACGAAGACGAAGACGACUAUGACGAUGUGACGCCCGAACACAACGAGCGCAUCGGACGAUUUAAAUUAAUGGGACAGAUCGGAGGAGGAACCAGCAGCAGUGGAGGCGACAAGGGAGAAAUCAAAUUGAAAAAUGUACAGUAAAAAAAAAAACAAAAAACAAAAGAAAACAAAAAAUUUACAAAACAUUUACCCCAAACAAAUAAAGUAAUAAUAAUAAUAAAAAAAAAAAAAGAGCUCGCUUUUUCCCAUCCCAUGAUCACUAACAAAAAUUACAACACGAGGCCCGAAGAUAGAAAUGAAUUGCGGGAAUCAUUUGGGCCUCGAUGUCGCUCCUUUUUCUUUAAAAUUCUCGUUCUGUGCGCGUUCUUUGUUCAUCAUAACAUAUGCGACUAACAGUAUGACAACACAUUUUCUCGGAAAAUAGAAUCAACUUGUUUGUUUAGUUCUUUUUUCUUUGUCUUGUUUUUAAACUCUUGAACAGUUUGAUGUCUUCGCAAGUAAACAACAAAAAGUUGCAGUGAUUCUGUUUGUUUUCUAAAUACCAUUGUUUUCCGAAAAUCAUGUAAAUUGCAUGCGUUAUAUGACCAUAUACAGGGCGAUUUUUUUCACGAUUAUGUCCAUCCGCUCCAAUGCCGAUCAUACACAAACAUAAAGGAAAAAAAAAAAACAAAAAAAAAAAUUAACAAAAAAUUGUCUUGCCAAAAUGUCUCCGCGAAAUUUGAUUUGAUUUUUCUAUUCAAUAAAUUCAAAAUGAAGUUUCCAUCCAACUCUUCGCUCGUGGCGUCACCGUGUCAUUCUCGGCGUCCCCCAGUUUUUGGCCAACAAUAUCGAUUUAAAAUGCCCGUCUUUUAUUUUUUUUUCAAUUUUUUAAAUAUGCAAUCUGAAAUACUCACCGUGACAUUUGUAUAAAUGUACUGCCUCCCCUCUGCGUCCUCCUGUCACUUCCUUUUUCCCAACUCCACUCUUACUAUAUGCUAUUUAAUUAACAGAACAACAAACGAUUGUUAAAUAUGUAUAACUAUCUCUAUGAACGGUCUUCGAAACGCCAAAAUUCUUUUUCUUUUUUUCUCCUCUUCACGUCUAACUCCCUCCCUUUUUGAAAAAAUCAGAAUAUGGUGUGUUAUUUUCCUCCCUUGCUAACCUCUGUUUACCCAACCGCCCCAAAUCCUAUCACAUUACACAUUGCUGUACAUUUUCAUCACACAGCGUUCACAGAAUCCUCCGCAAACAACAGAUGUUUCACUUUAAAACAUUAAUGAAAUUACAAAAGAAUGAAUGACUACGAACAAAACAAUAGAGAAUCAUCUGGUA